CCGCGCGCGGCGUGGAUCGCGGCCCGAGCCGCCAUUGUUCCGCCAAGGGACGACGGCGGGGCCUGGCACUGGCGCCGAGACGCCGCUUAGCGGCCGCCACUGGAGACACUUCCUCCCGCCGCCCCCCUCCUUCUGGCGGCGGUGGAGUGAGGCUGGCUAGGGGGAACUGGGAGCCCCCUCUCCUGGCGGCGGCAGCUGCCGAUCCCCGGCUCCGGCGCGAGGGGCGGCCGCGAUGCGCUCCGCCUGAGGCAGUCCGGCCCGGCCCUUCUUCGCUUCCCUUGACUCCUGUACAGCGUCUGGGCGCCCCAGCGUCAUCCUGCGAGUCUCGCUGACGGAGGGAAGAUGGCUGCACAGAGCUGGCAGGACGAGCUGGCCCGGCAGGCCGAGGAGGGCUCGGCUCGGCUGCGGGAAAUGCUUUCGGUUGGCCUAGGCUUUCUGCGCACCGAGCUGGGCCUCGACCUGGGGCUGGAGCCGAAGCGGUACCCGGGCUGGGUAAUCCUGGUGGGCACCGGCGCGCUGGGGCUGCUGCUGCUUCUCCUGCUCUGCUACGGCUGGGCCGCGGCUUGCGCCGGCGCCCGAAAAAAGCGGAGGAGCCCGCCCCGCAAGCGGGAGGAGGCGGCGGCAGUGCUGGCCCCGGCCCCUGACGAUCUAGCCCUAUUGAAGAAUCUUAGGAGCGAGGAACAGAAGAAGAAAAACCGGAAGAAGUUGCCCGAGAAGCCCAAACCAAAUGGUCGGACUGUUGAAGUGGCUGACGAGGAAGCUGUCCAAACUCCUCGAAGUAUUACAGCAAAGCAGCCCUUAGAGACAGAUAAGAAAAAUGAAAAGUCAAAGAAAAAUAAGAAGAAAUCAAAGUCAGAUGCUAAAGCAGUGCAAAACAGUUCACGCCAUGAUGGAAAGGAAGUUGAUGAAGGAGCCUGGGAAACUAAAAUUAGUCACAGAGAGAAACGACAGCAGCGUAAACGUGAUAAGGUGCAGACUGAUUCUGGUUCAUUGGAUUCAACUAUCCCUGGGAUAGAAAAUACCAUCACAGUUCCCACCGAGCAACUUACAACUGCAUCAUUUCCUGUUGGUUCCAAGAAGAAUAAAGGUGAUUCUCAUCUAAAUGUUCAAGUUAGCAACUUUAAGUCUGGAAAAGGAGAUUCUACACUUCAGGUUCCUUCAGGAUUGAACGAAAACCUCACUGUAAAUGGAGGAGGCUGGAAUGAAAAGUCUGUAAAACUCUCCUCACAGAUCAGUGCAGGUGAGGAGAAGUGGAAUUCUGUUUCACCUGCUUCUGUAGGCAAGAGGAAAAGUGAGCCAUCUGCCUGGGGUCAAGACACUGGAGAUGCUAAUGUAAAUGGAAAAGACUGGGGAAGGAGUUGGAGUGACCGUUCAAUAUUUUCUGGCAUUGGGUCUACUGCUGAGCCAGUUUCUCAUUCUACCACUUCUGAUUAUCAGUGGGAUGUUAGCCGUAAUCAACCCUAUAUCGAUGAUGAAUGGUCUGGGUUAAAUGGUCUGUCUUCUGCUGAUCCCAGCUCUGAUUGGAAUGCACCAGCAGAAGAGUGGGGAAAUUGGGUAGAUGAAGAAAGAGCUUCACUUCUAAAGUCCCAGGAACCAAUUCCUGAUGAUCAAAAAGUUUCAGAUGAUGAUAAAGAAAAGGGAGAGGGAGCUCUUCCAACUGGGAAAUCUAAAAAGAAAAAAAAGAAAAAGAAGAAGCAAGGUGAAGAUAACUCUCCUGCACAGGACACAGAAGAAUUAGAAAAAGAGAUUAGGGAAGAGCUUCCAGUGAAUACCUCUAAAGUCCGUCCAAAACAGGAAAAAGCUUUUUCUUUGAAGACCAUAAGCACUAGUGAUCCAGCUGAAGCACUCAUCAAAAAUAGCCAGCCUGUCAAGACUCUUCCACCUGCUAUUUCUACCGAGCCAUCUGUUCUUUUAUCAAAAAGUGAUUCUGACAAGAGUUCGUCCCAAGUGCCACCGAUGCUACAAGAGACAGAUAAAUCCAAGUCAAAUACUAAGCAAAAUAGUGUGCCUCCUUCACAGACCAAGUCUGAAACUAGCUGGGAAUCUCCCAAACAAAUAAAAAAGAAGAAAAAAGCCAGACGGGAAACGUGAAUAUAUUUUUCCUGAAUUGGACAUGUGUUUUCAAACACUGUCUGGAAGAUUAUGCUGUUUAUGCAAUAAUUUGUGAACAUGUACAGAGUUUUAUAUAAAUUCAAACCAAUUUUUAGAACAAAACUGUGAACACAACCACCAUAAAAAUGGAAUCAAAGGAAAGUUAAUUUAUGAAAUUCAGAGGUCAGCAGAAUAUACUCCAGUGCUGGAAGACACUUGGGGAAAGUCUUUUCAAUUGAACAAGAACGAUCUUAAUUUAAGAAUAUUAUCCUGGUUUUACAGCAGUGCCCUGUUUACAACAGCUUGUGCCCUGUCUCAUCUGCAGCUGAGGAAUAAAGGAUUCUGAUUAGAGAGAGAGCUGCCUGCGGAUGCGUAGGCAGCAUCUACGAUCUUUAUGCACGGAACUUAAACCAUUUGAAUCUGUUUUAUGCUUAAAUCAAAGUGCUUUGAUCAAAUGCAUAAUCUGCCAUAUCUUUACAUAUAUGUUGGUAGCAAUUUGUAUUAAAGGAAUCACAAGUGCAAAUAAAAGGUCAUUUACCAUUUGUUAACUAAACUCCUGGUUUAGUUUACAGUUUUUAAAAAGUUCUUAAUUAAAAACAUUGAACAUGCAGUUGAUGCUUGUAUGGCUUAUGAAGUUAUUUUUGAUAGUCUUACAUUACUUGAAUUGUUCAAAGUUCAGUAUAUUUUAAAUUAAGAAAGGUAAACUAUAUGUAUUUGUUUUAUACUUUUAAGGUUCAGACUCACAAAUAAUGCUCUUGCUUAGAAUUUGAAAACUUUCAGGCAAAAUGCAACUUAACAUUUUUCCCUUUCCCUAGCAGUUUCUUUUUCCAACGUCAGCUCUUCUCUUCUUUGCUAAUACUUCUUCGACUUUAAAAAUGAAAUCUUUCACAGAUUAGUUAUACAGACAGAACUUUGAGUAUACGAUGGAGAAUGAAAAACUAGAGUCGGACAGCUUUAAUUGACAUUGUCAAGACCUCCAGUUAUCAGGAAUACAUUUUUUUACUGCCUUAACCUAUAGUGCGUAGAAUAUGCAUCAAUUUCUUGAGGGGGAUUCGUGUUUUUAUAAGAAUUUUCAUGUAAUUAUUGCAAUUGUGGUCAAAUAAGGAACGUUUUCUGCUUGAAACUAUUGAUUUAAAUGACAUGUGAGAUGUUUCACCAUUUUCAGGCACUGUGUAAUUCUAUUGUAAUAAACUGGCAGGUAUCUUUGUAACUAUAAAUAGUGCAUGCUCAGUCAUGUACACUGUAAAUAGCCUUUACCAAACGUGUUUGACAAGGACCAUAAUUAACAUCACUUAGUGAAUUGUGAUAAAGAAAAAAAGCCAUGAUUUAUUUGAUGUGAUUGGCUUGUUUUUACGUGGCGCCAAGAAUGAAACUGUUUAACAGCUGUAACCAAUGGUACUGAUCUGUCCAUCCAAUCUUGUCUUUUAUUAGAUCUGAUUGUGGUUUGAUAGUAUUGCAUUGUCACGCUAGGAAAGCUAAAGAAACACAAUGGUUUUAGUAACUGCUGAAGACUGGCCUUAUUAAUGGACAGCUUUCCUAACAAGCGAUUAUUAACUUUUAUCAGGUGUUACCAUCUGUUUCAGGAACACGGCAGUAUGUUUACAUGUCAGAAGUCUUGUUUCAUUCUAUGAGAUUUCUAAAUUGAUUUGUUUAAAUAAAUUCAGCAAAUGGAUAGCAUUGUGUUUAUUUGCUUCAAUAUUGGGGUAAAUAAGCUCAACUGCCAGGAAUUCAUUUCUUCAAAUGACUUUAUUCUGUGAGCUUUACAUAGAUGUUUCCUAAAUAGAUCAAGGAUUCCUGAAGUUGCCAGCACUUUGUAAAGGUGUCACAGAGAGUUUGAGAAGGAGUCUGUAUAAUUUUAGAAUGUGCCAAAAGAUCUAUGCUCAGAAAAUUCAGUUGAACUCUCUCAACUCUACCUCACCAUUUCUUUAUCUUAGAAUUUUGUUGGCUGUGUCAAAUGUUGGGCUUUGUUUCUCUGGCUCAGUAUCUCCCAGACAGCCACCGACAGCGGAUGUUAGGGACACUUGUCUUUUGAGGAGAGAUCUAGUGUGGGGACGGAGAAGUGCAUUGCUAAAUGGGUGGAUCCGAUGUGGCGAUGUCUCUGUCUUUCCAGCUCAAGAGCGAGGACGUGGAUUUUAUGUUUUAAGAGAUGGCAGCUAUGAGUGAUAAAAAUUUUUUUUUCACAUGCAUGAGAUGAAAACUCUUGCACAAUUAAAGUGUCGUUGUUCAUUGCUCUUUACCUGUUCCAGAAGAUCUUGAUAUGGCAUUAAAUCAGUUUCU